CAGCCACCUAAUGUUUUUGGCGGGAAUCAUAAAUAAACAAAACAACGAAGAAAAACAUACAAAGAACUCGUCUGAUGGACAAAUACUUAAUUAAAAUGCCAAUUAAAACAAAGGCCAAUGAAAUGCCCGAGCAGACGAAAGCGGCCGUUAAAAAGGGAACGCCCAAAACGUCGCUCAAAGAAGCCAAGAAGGAAACCCCUAAAUCCGCCCAGUUGAAGGACAAGGAAAACGCCGAAGAAAAUACUACUCCGAAGCAGAGCAAGAGGGGGAGGCCGGCGGCGGUCAAGCGAAAGAAUCUCGAUACUCCAGAAUUGAAGGAGGAGAAGAAAACGGCAGAGAUCGAAAAUCCACCCAAGCGGCGGAGCUCCAGGACCACCAGGAGCACCCGUUCCAUGGCGGAGGACGGGCCUGCAUCACCGGAGAAGGAAGAACCCGUAAAGUUGCCAUUUAUCAAGUACAAGGGAGCCAUCAAGUACUACACGGAAAACCAGGAUAUAGCCGCCUCUGCGGACGAUGUAAUGCAAUGGGUAGAGAAGCAAAAGGAGGAUGUGGUUCCCAUGGCCUUUGACAUGGAGUGGCCCUUCUCCUUUCAAACCGGACCCGGCAAGUCCUCCGUCAUCCAGAUAUGUGUGGAUGAAAAAUGCUGCUACGUUUACCAGUUGAGCAACCUGAAGAAGCUGCCCGCGGCCCUGGUGGCCCUCAUCAAUCAUCCCAAGGUUCGCUUGCACGGUGUCAACAUAAAAGCGGAUUUCCGUAAAUUGGCCCGCGACUUUCCCGAGGUGUCCGCUGAACCGUUGAUCGAGAAAUGCGUGGAUUUGGGCGUGUGGUGCAAUGAGAUCUGCGAGACGGGCGGACGCUGGAGCCUGGAGCGUUUGGCCAAUUUCAUAGCCAAGAAGGCCAUGGACAAGAGCAAGAAAGUUAGGAUGAGCAAGUGGCAUGUCAUUCCGCUGGACGAGAACCAGCUGAUGUACGCCGCCAUCGAUGUUUAUAUUGGUCAGGUCAUCUAUCGGGAUUUGGAGAAGCGCGAGAAAGUGAAGCUUCAGAAUGAGGAGGAGUUCAAAGAGCAGAAUGGUGAUGCUGCCUUCAAGGCAGUCAAGGCCUUGGGCGAAACCUUUUUAACCAAGAUCAACGAGGUGACUCUGUAAGCUUAAGACUAAUUUUUAAAUUUCUUUAUACAGUUUUUCGAAUUUUAUGGUUUGCUCAUCUUUGUUGGAUUUAACCCCUUCCAUUUAUAAAUAGUUUUGCAAUUUUACAGUUUACAGUUUAACUUUAAUCUUAGGUAUUUAUGUAAAAGAUUAUUAUAUUUCUCACUCCUGGAUUAAGAACAAUUUUUGUCUUAAGUCUUAAUAUUUUACAACUUUCUUAAGAUUUCUAGACGCCCAUUAAUUAUAUUAAGUUUAUACAGAGUUUUCUUCACAUUUCUUAACUUGCAAUAAAUUUUAAUUUUGUAAAUUCC